AUGGAGUCCCUUGAGGGAAAGGUGGUGAGCAAGUUGCCGGCACAAGGUGUGAUUGCAAUUACAGGCGCAGCCUCUGGCAUUGGCUUUGCAACCGCGCAGCUCUUGUCAUCUAGAGGCGCGAUCUUGUCUCUUGCAGAUAUAAGUGAAUGUGCAUUGAAAGAAGCUGUUAAAACCCUCCCUCCAGACUCCCACACUAGCACUGUUGUCGACGUACGAGACAGUAAACAAGUAACGUCGUGGAUCGAAAUGAUAGUUCGCCGCCAUGGUCCACUGAACGGGGCGGUAAACCUGGCGGGAAUGAUAAACAGCGAUAGCCUCUUGAAAGACGGGACAGACGAAAGAUUCCAAAAUGUAAUGGAUAUUAACGUAGGGGGAGUUUUCAACUGCCUAAGGGCUCAAUUAAACAACAUGGUGGAUUCAGGAGGUAGCAUUGUCAAUACUGGAUGCAUCGCGUCUCUGAUUGGAGUCCCCUUCGGAGGAUGUUAUGCCGCAAGUAAGCAUGCUGUUGCUGGCUUGACUAAGUCUGCUGCGAGGGAGAAUCCAAACAUUAGAGUCAACGCCAUCGCUCCAGGUACCGUCAGAACACCGAUGAUUAUGGCUGUAGAGAAGGCACGGAAAAUUAAUAGGCCAACAAGUCUACAGUGUAUGGAUCGACAAGCUGAUCCAAUGGAGGUCGCCCAGUUGAUUGCCUUUUUGCUUUCCGAUGAGGCCAGCUUUAUUACUGGAUCUAUUCAGUGUGUUGAUGGUGGCUGGACCUGUGAGUUGAGCGAAGUUUUAGAAGGCAUGUUAGAAACGAGUUUGUGGAUGGAUGAAGCAACCUGA